UUAAGGCCCAGAAACUGACAGACCCCAUAGUUAGUAUCCUCGCGGACAAUCGUACUAUGAUUGUAGAGGAUUACGUAGAGGGAGUCCAUGCGUAUUUCCGCCUAGAGAAAGAUGGGAAAGUGGAGAAGGUCCUCCACUUUUUGACUCUCCUCGUAGAGGACAGCCUCCCAUUUGACAUUGUCCUGGGAAUGGAUUGGGGAGAGGCAGCCAGGGUCACGCUCCAUUUGAAGGAGCACGAGUGUAGGCUCCCUAGUUCGUCAGGCGAGGCCAAGACUGCCCGCCUGUUCCAUGUGUCAGGGGUAGAGAAUUUCUUGGCGCACUGCUGCCUUAGUGCCCCCGUGUUCGCCAGACUGGUGAAGAAGGAGGGAUUGGAGGAACAGGUCUUUGUUGCCUAUGUUAGGCCAGUGACUGACCCUACGGAGGAGAAGCCGAUGGACCCCGCGAUUGCCAGGCUGCUGGAAGAGCUUAAGGAUUUGACUGAGCCGCCGACAGGCACGGUGCCGCGGCCCAUCCAGCACCUUAUUGAGAUAGAGCCUGGCAGUAGAACUCCUAAGGGUGCGGUGUAUAGGAUGUCCCYGCGGGAGUUAGAGGAGCUUCACAAGCAAUUAGACGAGCUCCUUGAGAAGGGUUGGAUUCGACCCAGUUCGUCUCCCUUCGGAGCGCCUGUUCUCUUUGUCCCUAAGAAAGAGGGAGAGUUAAGGAUGUGUUUAGACUAUAGGGGUCUGAAUGCUAUCACAAUAAAGAAUGUUGAGCCACUGCCUAGGAUACACGAUCUCUUAGAUCGAGUGCAGGGGGCGAAGUAUUUUUCCAAGAUAGAUUUGAAGUCUGGAUAUCAUAAGAUAGAGGUGCAUCCUGAUGAUCAGUAUAAGACAGCCUUCCGGACUAGGUACGGGCAUUAUGAGUUUAUAGUCAUGCCCUUUGGACUAACCAAUGCGCCAGCUACGUUCCAGCGCUGCAUGAACGAUUUGUUUAGGCCGUGGUUAGACAUAUUUGUUGUAGUUUACCUAGAUGACAUCCUGAUGUUUAGCCGGACUCUUGAAGAGCAUCAGGGUCAUCUCAGGCAGGUCUUGGAGAAGUUGAGGGAAGCUAACUUCAAGAUCAAUGCAAAGAAGUGCGAUUGGGCAAAGACCCAAGUUCUGUACCUAGGCCACGUCUUAGACGGAGACGGCGUUAAACCUAAAGAUGGCAAGAUCACAACAAUUAGAGAUUGGCCCACGCCACGUACGCUGACAGAGUUGCGCUCGUUCCUGGGACUAGCUAACUACUAUAGGAAGUUCGUGCGAAACUUCUCCACCAUCGCUGCGCCCCUUCGCAGAUUGCUGAGAAAAGAGACAAUCUGUAAGUGGCACAAGGACUGCACGUCUGCCAUGAAGAAGCUAAAGCAGGCAUUGAUAGAGUAUCCAGUCCUUAAGGUCGCCGAUCCGUCCUUGCCUUUUGUCGUUACUACGGAUGCUAGCCAGUACGACAUAGGCGCAGUGUUACAGCAAGACGAUGGCAAUGGSUAUAGACCCRUAGAGUUCAUGUCCGCCAGRAUGCCUUCAGAGAAGGUCGCGACAUCUACCUAUGARAGGGAACUCUACGCUCUCAGGCAAGCCUUAGACCAUUGGAAGCACUACUUGCUUGGGAGGCAAUUCAAAGUCUAUUCUGACCAUGAGACAUUACGAUGGUUAAAGACGCAGGCCAAGAUGACACCUAAGCUUACUAGGUGGGCCGCAGAGAUAGAUCAGUAUGACUUUGAGCUCAAGCCUGUCAAAGGGAAGUACAACGUAGUCGCGGAUGCUCUGAGUAGGAGAGCGGAUUACUUUGGGGCAAUAGUACAUUACCUCGAUAUAGUGAAGGACCUGCAGCAGAGGGUUUGAGAAGCUUACGCGCAGGACCCUAUCUAUAGUGAGCUCCUUAAGAAAG